CUUAAAUUAUGGAAACAAUCCUUGAAGUAACAGAAAAUGCUUCAAAAGACAAGAGCUCCUUUCUGUUGAAGGGAGGUGAUAGGACAAGUUCUUUCUCAAAGGGAUGCAUCAGCCUCAGAAGAUACACAGAGGAGAAAAUUGUUCAUUGCCAACUUGAAAAGGAGAAUAUUGGCAUUAUUCAUUCAGAAAAGAAGCAUCAGCCAGGCUUGAAGAUCACUAGAGAGAGUUCUUUACUUCAAACCCAAAAGUCUGGUCGGAACCUGAUCAAAAAUGAAGAAAGUGAUAUCUUCCUGACUCCUAGAAGUGGUUGCCUAGCAGACAUGAACUGUAUCACCCCAAGCCUACAGAAAAGAGUGGAGACUCCUAUCAGGAAGGAGGAUGUCUUCCAGUCACCUCUGUUCUCAACCAUUGAAAUGGAAAGCCAGACUGGCGGCAAUAGCUCCGGCCAAAGGACAGAUGGAAGAGAGUACUUCGAAGCUGUCGAAGAGAAAAAGAUUGUACAUCAGAAAACUCCAUUGAGAGAGAGACGUUUUGGUAGCAAUGAGAGGGUUGAUUCUGUUUUUCCUUUACUUCCAGAAACUCCAGAAGAUAUUAAGAAGAAGACUAGUAAAAGACAGCUACGCACAGAGUGCAAGAGCAGAUUGAACAGUUUGAAAGAUAACUUAAAGAAUUCGGUUAAGCUAAACUUGAGUCUGGAUCCUGCAAAGCUUCACAGAAUGGUCCGAAGAGACAUUCAUAAUUCUCAAAAUUCGAGGUUGCUUAAGAUUAAAGCCAGGAUGAAGAGACUCAAAGAAAGUAACUCUCUUCAGCAAAGAAAGUCUGAAUUUUCUCUAGAUAGUUAUAAAGAAAAGAACGAGAAGCAAGACAGAGAGUCUUCUCUAAGACCUUCCUUUUGUAGUCCAAAUUUGGACUUUACUCCCAAAAUUAUGAAGAAGGCAUCCAAAAUACUUCAAGAGCCUACAAAUGGAUGGGAGUCAGGGAUUCAUGUCCUAACUAGUGCUCAGAAGGCAACUGAUACUUCCUCCAAAGGCAAAAGAAGGGAGCCAAAAUUUAAAGACAAAUUAUUCAAAAACCUCACCAGAAAAGAUGAAAACAGAAUUAAGAGACAGAAGAAGGGUGAUAUAAGCAUGCAGGAUUUCCUGCAGAAAUCUAUCCCCAUUGGUAAACUUCUGAACUAUCUCCUCUGCCACGUCAAGUUUGAUCCAGAUAAAGUUAACAUUAUUGACGACCUUCAGAAGAUGACGGAGGAAUAAGUUUCAACAUUUAAAAUCA